CCUGAAAUCCAGGGCUGCGCACUAGCCUGACGCCAUCGCCGCAACCCGCAAACCCCAGGCCGGCCGCCCUCGGGUCGGCUCACCAUCAACCCCCGACCGUCCUGCCUGCUUCCUCCCAUUACACAACCGCAACCUCGAGUCGCACACGACCCUCCGGGCUGCGGCCUCGCUGUCAGCAUUCACAACUCUGUUUGCUGCUUCUCCUGCCGAGCAAGACGCCGGGCCAAGCACUUUCCCUUAGCCGACACUCGAACGACCACGCCAUUGACCGGGUCGUGCUGUCCGCCUCGGCUUCCAUUCAUCAUGCGGGGUCUGCGCACUUUGCCAGCGACGGCUGCGCGGACUGUCGCCUACCGAUCAGGCGGCCGGCCAGACACCUUGACGCAAAGCGCCAUCUGUGUGCGGUGCAUGCACAGCGGCAUUCUCCUCAGACCUGAUGUCGCAGAGAAGGCCACGCGGCGUGUGUCCCCAGCCGGCGCGUCACAGCCUCGGCUCUCACGAGCAGUCCCGGCAAAGCAUGCCAGGCGCAAUGCCUCAGUUGCGACGUCUGCUGCAGUUCCAGCCUCACAAACCCAUGGCGACUUUGGCCCGCUCCAGGAAUACGACCGCCGAGUUGCCGAGGGCAUCUUACGAGACGAUCCUCACCAGCGAGGCAUCAUACAGAGCCUGCAAACCCUCCACGAAGACCUGCGACAUUACAGGGCGAGACCUGUCGUCCACCCCACGAUCGAGUCCCUCAAACCCAGCACCUCCAUAUUCAGCUUCUUCGGUGGUGGCAAGUCCAGCAAGACAAUCGGCGACAUCCCAAGCAAUCUGCCCCGCGGCUUGUACCUCUACGGCGAUGUCGGCAGCGGCAAGACGAUGCUCAUGGACCUCUUCUACGACACCCUGCCCCGGGCUGUCAAGACGAAAAUGAGGAUACACUUUCACAACUUCAUGCAGGACGUCCACAAGCGGCUGCACAGGAUGAAGAUGGAGUAUGGUAACGACAUUGACGCGGUGCCUUUUGUCGCCGCCGACAUUGCCGACGCCGCGAACGUCUUGUGCUUUGACGAGUUCCAGUGCACCGACGUUGCGGACGCCAUGAUCCUGCGACGCCUGCUCGAGGCGCUCAUGUCGCACGGCGUGGUUCUCGUCACAACCUCCAACAGGCACCCGGACGAGCUCUACAAGAACGGCAUCCAGCGCGAGUCUUUCAUCCCAGCCAUCCACCUGCUCAAGAACCGGCUCCACGUCAUCAACCUCGACUCGCCCACCGACUACCGCAAGAUCCCCCGGCCGCCGUCAGGCGUCUAUCACACGCCGCUCGAUAGCCACGCCAAGGCGCACAUUGAGAAAUGGUUCCGCUUCCUCGGCGACCCGGAGAACCCGGAGCCGCAUGCCGAGACGCAGACCGUCUGGGGCCGCGAGAUCCACGUGCCUCGCGUGAGCGGGCGCUGCGCGUGGUUCACAUUUCAGGAGCUCAUUGGCAAGGCCACGGGCGCGGCCGACUACAUUGAGCUGAUGCGCAGCUACGACGCCUUCAUCGUGAGCGACAUCCCCGGCAUGACGUUCCGCGAGCGCGAUCUCGCGCGGCGCUUCAUCACCUUCAUCGACGCCGUGUACGAGUCGCGGGCGAAACUGGUCCUCACCACGGCGGUGCCGUUGGCCCAGCUGUUCGUCUCACCCCAGGAGAUGCGCGAGUCCCUGAAAAAGGAGGGCAAGGAAGUCAGCGGGACUGAUGUCGACGACGAGCCCUCGUCUAGCGCGCUGGACCACAUGAUGGAGGACGCCAACGACACCGGAGGCGAGGCCAGCAACACCAUCAGCCAGCUCAAGAACUCGAGCCUGUUCACGGGCGAGGAGGAGCGCUUCGCGUUCGCCCGCGCGCUGUCCCGGCUGAGCCACAUGGCCAGCAAGGAGUGGGUAGAGCGCGGCAUGGGCCUCGAACACUCUGGCGGCAAGAAGGAGCACGAUGACUGGGCCAAGGUGCGCAGCCGGCAGAUGGAGGAUAGCAUGUAGAGGCGGUGUUUCUCCCUGUUCUCUUGCUUCUCUCGCACUUGGUCUUUUUUUUUGGCGUGCUCGUGGGUUUUUGGCCAAGUACAAUACACAACCGGACGGGAUUUGUUUUUUUGCUGGAGCGACUUGCUGCAGCGGUGACUUUGCUAGAUACCAAUAUAGUUCUUGUGCAUCUGGCACUCCUGUGGGAAAUUCUCCAGGUGGCUAUGGUCAUGUAUACCCGCUGU